AUGAUUAUGGAGAAAAACGAGCGUAUUAUAGGUAAGUCAAAAAUUUAAUUGUUAUGUUCGUGCAGUCAGCGUGAUGUAUUAUUGUCCGGCUUUGUAUCAUGACUGUUUAUGUUAAAAUAUGCUUCUGGUUUAAACGCUAUCAGGCGAAGCCACUACACGCUAUUAAAAUACCACAAAUGCUUACACGAGUUUUGGGAUAAGAUUAAUGGCAUUCGAUGUAGCAAUUAGGGAAAUGUGCUUUAAGAUUCAUUCAGUUCAAAGUGUAUAGUUUGAGUCAAAUGAUCAACUAGCUUUGUUUCGUGUUUAAAAAGUUGUUAAGCAGUGUAAAAGCUUAGCUUUAUCGUUUCAUAUUCCUUAUAAAAGCAUUCUUAAGGUUAUAAGUCCUGUAUGUAUUACAUUUGGCUACAUUUUAAUGUGUUUGGAAUGUGUUGUGUUGUGUUCCUGCAGUGUUGUGUAUAAAUAUAUUAUGUUGCAUUCGCUAAUUUGCCUUGUGUUUAAAUACAAUGUGUUUCAUAUAAUCCCAGUGUUUUGGCUAAUGUAGACCAGUUGUUUAUGCCAAAAACCUAGUUGAAUCUUCUCUUCCAUAAAAUAUAUGUAUGAAAGAUGAGUCUUGUUCGCAUAAAACAGUCUUUACGUAUAAAUAGACAGUCUAUCUCCAAGUAUAAAAGUGUAUGUAAAAGUAUAUCAAAGGAAGACAUUGACAGAAUAGUUUGUUAUUGGUCUUGCUUGAAGCGCCAAGUAGACAUAACCUUUACGAUUACAAAAUUUCGACUGUAUUUGAACAGUUGUGCAUGAUAAUUUGAACGGAUUUUCAUAGCCAAAGGAGCAAAGAUUGUUUAUAGCUGACCGAAACACAUUACUUUGACUCUUCUGCGAUUUAAAAAUUGUUUCAGUACUACUUGAUUUAGAUUUUUGUGUGGCAAUGCUUGAUAGUUCUAACCGAUUCUUCCUAUAUAUUGUAUCAUCAGUCGUGGCAUAGCAACCUAUAAUAUGACUCGUGUCUGUAUAUUGUUCAAUCAAUUUUUGCGUGUGCGCCUAAACAGUGAAUAUCAUUUGAUUGUAUAGCUAUAACACGUAUUCUUCCUGGUUUGGAAGCGUUUCUACGUGAGGUACUGGCAAACGAAAAUUUGAGCCCUGAAGCGGAAAAGCAACGUUUGGAUUUUGUCAAAGAACUAGAACAUCUUACAAAACCUCCUAGCCUCCCCCCUCGACCGACGAAUUUAAAAACGCAAAGCCGUGCUUCUGUGGAUUCUAUAGACAGUGUCGAAAAUGCUGAUGACGACUUUGCAUCUGUGCAGAGAAAGCUAUCGAAUAUAUUUUAUGUGAGACGCGAUCUCGACGAGUUAAACGAGCAUUUUGUUAAUGGAUUUGCCGCAGAUGAAGCGAACAAGGGGACGAUACGAAAGGUAGGUUAUUAUAUUUUGAAAUUUGAGUCGGUAUUUCAUCAAAUGCGUGGCAUAUUUUUGGGAUAUAGUCACUGUUUGAAACAGACAAGCCGUGUUGAAACACUGGAUUAAUGCGGUUUAAAAAUAGAUUUCCUCGCGUCAAAAAUGUGGAGUUGUACGGAUGAGAUUCGCCCAUCUUACGUACAAGUGUUUACACUUUAAUUUGUAUAUAUUGUGGUAUUGUUUUUGCUUAAAUUGGCGAUAUUUCAAUACGUUCUCGAAAUAGAAUGUUUGGGCGAUGGUCUGACUCGAAGUCUCGAAUUAGAACUCUUUGAAAUCUUCUCAUUCGAAUUAAAAUGGCCUAAAAUCUUUAGGAAAAAUUCUAAAUUUCUAAUUCGAAUUAGAACGUUUUGGAAUAUUCUAAUGCAAUUCGAAUGUUAGGUAAUAUUCUAAUGCCAGUUCGAAUGUUUAGGAAAUAUUCUAAUGUGAAUUCGAAUGCUUUGGAGUUUGGAACGCUUUCAAGUGUUCUACCCGUCUGGCGACAGUGUACAUUUCACAAACCGCGGGAAAAUUUUUGUCUACCUUCAGUCAACAUAUCACCUCUAUAAAGACAACUUUUUGACACGCAAACGUGUCGUCUCCGGAACGCACACUUAUAGAACACCACUAAAUAUUUAUUGAGCAAUUCAACGAGAAGAAAUCAGCGACAUUUCGAGUUCAAUUGCGAAAACGGAGAAAACCGGGAUUCGUAAGCCGGUCAUUGUUGCAUUUUGGAAUAGCGCGAAUAAAAAUAGAACAUUUUCGGGCUGUUGCCAAUUUCAACAUGAUGCUGGGCGGAAUAUAAUAAACGAAUUAGUGAUACACUCCAUGUGUGCAGAGAUAUUAUUCAAUAAUGCCCAGCCCUGUUGAAUUGGCCAUAUUAUUUGUUUCUGCUUUGUUAUUUAUUGCUCAUUUUAACAAUUUAACCGAAAUCAUGCUGUGUUUUAUAGUGUUCGUGUUUUGUCCGUAAUUACCCCCUACCGAUGCCGCCACAUUGCUUCAGUAAUGUAGAUCGAAUGCAGUUUGGCUGCAGGCUUGUGCGUGUCUCUGAUUUACUCGAAAUUUGAGCUUUGUUUUAAAAUAAUCGUCUCAGUAUUUUUAUUGAACUUUGAAACGUGAGUGUGGGUAGGGUAUGUUUCUUUCACUUUGAGUCUUUGGGGCUCGUUUCCUGCAGCAUGGCAUUGCAGUUGUGACAUACUGAUAUCAGUGACAUGUAACAAGAAUGAUUUCAAUUUGACCCUAGCAAAUACCGCAGGAUUUCUCCCGCUCACUCCAGUUUCCUCAUGUAGUAACACUGAACCAGUAUAUCAGAGAUGACUCUUGCUGCAUCUACAGGGACAUGAAAGAGCUAUUUCAGAAUUCAGAAUGGAUUUUUCCAGAAGAUUAUUAAGUACAUUCCGCGAACAAUUUCAAUUGUGUGCUCAAUCAAUCGUCAGGCUUUUAAACAAACAGACUUCUUUUGAAACACACAUUGAAUUCAUAGCUUGGAUUUUGAAGCGUAUUCGACGAUUUCCAAAUAUACAACCCCAGAGCAAUCCUCUAUUGAAUAAUAAUGCCUGUCCAACGCAAACGCGUUGGUGUUUACCAAUACACUCGGGUAGAAGUUUUUAAUAACAUGGACCGAGGAACCGCCUUCGUUCGAAUUGUGUUCAAAUCGCUUUUCGCCUUUUCAAAAUAAAUUCGCUUGUCAGGAUAUUUGAACGACCACAAUAGAAUAUUUUAAAGUCGCCUGUGACAACCAUGUCAUUUGUCGCAAUGCUAUCCGUAAUUUAUCUUGACGGAUUUUAUGCUUUUUGGUGGAUUUAUUUUUCCAUCGGCGGCUCUUAUUGGGCGGCAUCGCUGCGCAAAGGUUAAAUGCCGUCGGCUUGUAUCGAUAAUGAAUUGAGCAGCUUUUUAGUUAAAACUGAGGGAUACUUUUAACGAUAGAUUUCGGCCCUUCAGUUAAUGUAAUGUUGUGAUAUUGGGCCUUGAUUUGAAAUAGUUGUUCUUUGUCUAGUGCAUGAGAGUGGCGUCGACAUUAUAUGAAUUUGGAAUUAUGUUUGUUUUUGAUGUCAAAAUUUGCUGGCUUUAUUUGAUUUUAUAGAUGCUCUGUCAUUGUUUAAAAAGAGAAAAUCCAUACAAUUUAUUUUGGUUGUUGAUAAAGAAAUAUUUUAUUCAGCGUGCGUACAUGAUUUUACAUAUGAAAGACGUCUUUCAAUGUGUGACAGUUUAACACGCAAGAAAAUUUGAUGCCAUUUUUAAAGGUAUAUCAAGUGUAUACUCUUUUCUUCAGAAAUCUCAUUUAAUUUUGGCCUGGGAUAAUCCAUUUUAUGAAUUAUAGCUGUCCUGGAUAUGAAAAGGCCCUAUAAAGAACAAGGCAAUCGACAUAUACUUUAAUCGAUCCCCAAUUUUAUAAAAGUGCACUUUUAAUUUCCCUGAAUUAUAAAUUUCCCCAAAGCAUAAACUUUAUUCAAAUGGUUUGCAGUACAUUUAUAUGUAUAGUGUUUGCAAGAUAGUGAAAAUGUUGACCAAGCGUUGCUGUGGCGAUUCGGCCGGAAAUUGGAUGCAAAUUGCCUUUGGCUCUUAGACAUUUUUGGUUUUUGGACGAACGCCAUGCUUUGUUUGUAACAAAGACAAGAUGGUUAAGCGCCAAAAUAGGAAUACAUAUCUUCAAAAGAAUAAGAUCUACAUUGAUUUAGAAAAUAGACAAACACUAUUGUGUUUGAACUUGCCUAUCAGCUAUCUGUCUGACAGACCAUAGAAAAGUCGCGUGUAGGCAGGUCAUACGUGGGUUACGAGGUUGCAAUUGUCUGAGCAACAAGAAGGAGGAACAUCUUACAUUUUUUGCACAUCUUACAUUUUUUGCACAUCAUACUUUUUACACGUCUUCAGAAAUAUGAACAAUCUUCAAAAAAGCCCUUGCCAAAAAUUGCUAAAAAUUCCCCAAAUUCCUUUUAAAGGUGAUCUACAGUCCGAUAUGCACAAAUGAGCCCACUUUUUAUGAUACAAACAGUUUAACUAUGUUUUGAGUUCUUGAAAAGCCUGAUUGUUGUUUCUUGAUCAUUUAUUAUACUCUAGAAGCUUGAAAAUAUAAAUAGUUGUCGAAUAAAGCUCAAUAUUUUGGACACAAAAAUGUAAACAAAGGCUUUGUUUACAUACGGACUGUAGAUCACCUUUAAAAUCUCACAAAAAUCCAUGAAAUCGAGCCAAAAUGAACAAAAUCCCUGGUUUUGAAGAGCGAAGUUAAUAGUGAAGUAUAGGCUAUAUACUUGACUUUAUUUAUAUUUUAUGACUGCAUAUUAAUUACACUACAAACAGGAAUUUUAGACGAUAGAAUUAUAAGUCUAUACGACCAAUGUUCACACGCAGCCGGGAAAAUUCAAAACAAUGCAUGCGCAAAUUCGUCAGAUCCCCGUUUGUUCACACGGGAAUUGCCAAUUGGUAGAGUUUUAGAUGUGUGUCCCAACUUGUCCGGUUUGCUGCGACCUGUGUGAACGCGCAAGGCGCCGCGAAAUCAUGCGAAUUUGACUUCACCCGAUCCCGUGUGAACGCCCUAUGUUCUGGGGCUUGGGGCAAUAUAGACUUAGAGACUGGUCAUAAAGUAACUGCUAGGGUGGGCUGGAGGUGAAUCACACAUUUUGCCAAUACGUUCGGUGAUCCACCUUAGGAUGUAGAUAAAAAUUUCAAAGCCCAUCUAAUCUUACAAAAUAUUUUUCAUGACCCACCCAAUCUAAAUUGGGAAAAUACACUUUUGUAAUAAAAAAAAACUUGCAGGUAUGAACAUUGUAAAUAUACACGGCAAUGUAUUGACAUACAUAAUUCCACCAAGCUUGACCAACACAUUGAUACUGAGCUGUUCUCCAGUUGGUUGUAUUUGCUGUGAUUCGAGCACUUCUUGUUGUUGUAUAAAACGAAGUACUGGCUUCAAUAGCAUCAUUUGCAUUUGAUAAUUUGGAUAGUUUUGUAAUUAAUACUUUAUUUUUUGAAGUAGACAUGCAUGGGUUUUUGUUUGGUGGCCCAACCGUGGACAUACAAAAAAAUUGGCGGCCCAUCGACACUGACCAAAAUUUUCCAUGGCCCAUCCCAAAUCACUCCAGCCCACCCUAGCAGUUACUUUAUGACUGGUCCCUUAGGUGCGCGAUUGUCAAAGCAAGCCUCUUUCAUGUCUGAGAUCGUGGAUUCGAUUCUCGCUGCAGACGCGUACGUGAAUAGAAUCAGCCAACGCUCUGCCGACAGUUGCGGGCUUUUCCCAAGUACUCCGGUUUACUCCCACAGACCAGGGAUGUUGACACUUGACAGGGUGGGUUGGAAUUAACGCCUAAUUGACCCUUGUACUGUGGUGGUGCAUGAGACGCGAGUCGCAGAGGCGCCCUUUGGAAAGCCUUGGCUUUAUUUAGCACGAUCCAAUUAGAUUGAGCUGCGUUCUGCGCAUAUUAACUAUGAAUUAACUUAGCUGUCAUGCAUUUGCAACCGAGGACGAUUUUACCCUUAUGUACCCUCAUUUACUUGCAUACUUAGCGUUUACACUGUACCGUUUUCGUAGCGUUCUUGUAUUGUUCGACAGAACUAGACUAUUGUCUUGCGUUCCCUUGAGGAUUAAGAACAAUACGAGAACGCUACGAAAACGGUAGUGUAAACGCUGCCUUACUAUCCAUGAUCGGGCUAAUGCUUUAAUAUAAUUCUUAAAACUUGGGUCUGACAAUAUAAUCGGACCAAUCCACGUUUAGGUCGGACAUGAUCGGACACUAAUUAUGUUUAAAAAAAAGCAUUAAUCAUUCAUGAGGAAAGGACAAAGGAAAUGACUUCCGUACGUGUCAGUGAUUUUAUAUGUGAUAAAAAUCAUGUUCAUUUACAUAAACUUUAGCUUUGAUUUUCCUGGCGUAGACAAGGUUUAUUUUUCAAAUUUCUUCGCCAAUGAACUCAUAAGAUGGGUUGUUUUUUUAAGCCAUUUUAAAACACUCUUGUUUUAUAUCUGAUAAAGCACUCGUGUUUUAAUUAUUAAAUAGUACAAAGAUGACUCAAAGAUAAAACUGAAUUUGUACAGUACAUUGCAUUUGCAGAAAUUCAAUGUGAUAUAGAAAUCCAUUUAAUAUAAUAUACCUCAAGGGCCGGUUGUUCAAAAGCUGGUUGACUUAAUCCCAGGUUAACGCAAAUUUCAAAGCAAUCUUUCCAACUGAGUCUGUUUAGAAACAUGAAGAUAAUUUUCCAAGAUUCAUAUAUGGAUCAAUAGAAGUUUUAUUUUCCAAAGUUUUGAAAUAAACAGAUGUGCAAAUGUGCCCAAACUAAAACAGUGGGUUAAAUUUUAACCCAGGGUUAGCGCUAACCCAGCUUUGAACAACCGGCCGCAACACUAUUUAUGCGAAGUUGAAAGGAAUUUCAAUUGACAAAUCUUGGUUUAGUACAUUCUAACUAUAUAACUUUAUGUACAUGUAACAGAUUGGUAUCAGAUUGUGUGUAACAGAUUAGUAACAUAUUGUGUUUUGGUUUUGCACGAAUGAGGGAGAUAUUGAAAAGAAUGUGGCAAAAUGAUCGGUCAUUCAAUUGUCUGAUUGAUUUUCAAAGUGUUUGAAAUAUGCCAUAAACCUAAAAUUGCGCUCAUUUUUUGCGCGGUGAAUUAGGUCGGAAUUUCAAGAGUCAAGUACAUAAUUCAACUAAUAAUUUGCGCAAUUUUGUAAUACGAGCCAAAACUUCCCUUUCAGACACAGGUCACGAAAUUUCAGACUGAUACAGACUAAUUAAAACUAAGGCGUGGUAACAUUUUGACGCGAAUACACCCUGCCAUCCCAAUAAAUGAGUCUGUGGAAGUUCUUUAUGAUAAGGAAUAUAGUCUUUCUUCGUUAAGUUUCCAAGAUAAGGUGGCGCUGUGGAAUUUUGGGCGAGGUGUGGAAUUUUCAGAUAAACAGCCAACUGCCAAACCCAAUUCAUGAUAGCCAAAAUAUGCCAGAAUAUAAGAUUUUAAACAAUUAAAACAUCCCCACCCACAUUGAUAUAGGGUGCGUGCGUGCUUUGAGAUCAAAGCGUAUUUGUCUCAUUCUUUGUUUCAAUAACGGAGAGGCGUAGAAGGAUAAGUUGCCUGACACUUGUUGAAACCUGGACACAACCCAGCAUUAUCAAUUACUGAAUAAAAUUAAAAUUUGAACAAAAAAUAUGAAUACACACCCCCGUAGCUAUACAGCCCUGGUUACAUUGUUGUAGUUUUAAUAUGGAACAUAUAGUGUCAUAGAACAGAACAAAGGUAGUUAAUCAUUAGAAUUAGGUAUAGUUACUUUUGUACGAAAUUGUUUCCGUAUAAACUAAGAAAGCCAUCAGAACAAGGCUGAGAUUCUCGCUGACGCAGGAAAAUCUUGACUCAUUGACUUUGUGCAAAACAAAGGAUAUUGCACCCCGGCGGACGAACAAUGAAUAUAGAACAGAUUAUUCUCCAUCUUGUCAUGAGUUCUGAUUAACUGAGCUUUUUACUUUUAUUAUAAACGUUCUGAAACUAGUAUAGUGGGCAAACAGGACGUGUGUGCUGUGAACAUUAACCGCAAUUUGUUUUAAAAAAAACAAACUUUAUUUCGCAUACUGAAUUUAUAAAAAAAACCAGUAACAUAACACGGAAAUAAUCCAUCCUACAUUCAUCCUAUACUUAAGCCCGGCAUCGAACCUUCAUUUUGUCAUAGUUAAUAGAGUAGAUGGUUUGGAAACUCAUUAGAAUAACAAUGUAACUCAUUAUCUAUGUUAGUCAACGUUUAUUCGGCAAAUAUCUGGUCGUUCAUCGUCACGUGCGUAUUGUAUUUUUGCCCAACUAACCAAUAGCAAUGUCUUAGGAAAGUUGCCUAUCCGUGACUCGAACAAUAGGGUAAAUUGAGAAUUGCUAUUGGUGGAUUUGGCAAGAAUACAAUACGCACGUGUGACGGUGAACGACCAUGUUUAUGAAUAAACGUUGGCUAACAUAGAUGAGUUAUAUUGUUAUUCUAAUGAGUUUCCAAACCAUCUAUUCUGCAUGUUAACUAUGCAUGAUUUUGUUAAUCCAGAGGUCGAAUUGUCCCCUGUAACAGUGCGUGAGUACGUGACUGCCAACUCUCAUAAACUCUCAUCCUUUGCGGUUUUUGUUUUUGUUUUAAAUCAGGCUUUAUUCCCUCAUUUACUGUACUCGCAUGAGCACUUGAAAACGUAGACCACGUCCGAGUCCAAUAAUCUAAUCUGACUUUCUUAGGUUCCCGCAAAAAGUGGCAAAAGGACAAAAACAGGAAAAGGGAUCUAUGAACCACUGCCUGGCACUGGUCCCGAGGCCGAGCCCGAUUUGGAGGCGGGCGUACUGAGCGAAGAAGAGACGUCACGGAUUCACAAUCGUUCUCUCGCGCGGGGUACACACAUCAGACAGUCGCUGAGUAGAGGAAAAUGGUAAGUGAAUGAAUAGGAUGUGAGAGUGUGUUUGGGGCGGAUUUGCAUUCAGUGCGGAAUGUUGCGCGAUCGAAUUUGUGCGAUCGCUUUUUUUUUGAAAUGCAAACAGUCAAGCGGAACAAAUCACAUUAACUGUAGUUGACUGGCACACAUUUCGAAAGAAGAAUCGUGCGACAUUUUGCACUGAAUGGAAAUACGCCUUAACCAUUCUUUCACUAUAAAGUAACUCCACAGUCCGAAGGCUAAGAGUGUUUGAACAAGACAACGAAGUAUGCAGACGUACUUAGGCCUGGUUUCUAUAUGCUCGUAAUGGUCGUAAAUAGAGUCACGAUCUUUCUCAACGGCCAGUUUAUAAUACUUUAUACCUAUAAACCACAUAUAAAUCAUAAGUAUUCUCUAGUUAUAAUCACUCCGCGUAUUUUCAGUUCUAAAAUGUUGUAUUUCGGCUGAUGGGAAAGAUCAUGACUCAAUCUUUACGACCGUUACGACCAUAUGGAAGCCAGGCUUUUGAUAGAUAAUCAAUUUAAUGAAAUCAUCUAGCAGCCAUCAGGGCCGCAGAGAGGGGGGGGGGGCAAAUUGCCCCGGGCCCCGAGUUGCUGGGGGCCCCUGAAAAAUGUUUGUUGGGCCCCAGCCUUUUUUGUGUGUGGGCCCGAGUUGCUGGGGGCCCCUGAAAAAUUUUUGUUGGGCCCCAGCCUUUUUUGUGUGUUAAAUAUUUCCGCGCAAAGGACAAGAGAUCUGUUUUUUGGGCUAAGUACCGAAUUUUGGCAUGAAAAAAUGAGAUAAAGUCCCUCGAAAGCAAUUGCAACGUACUCGUCCGGAAAAAUUUUGUACUCCGGAAAAAAUUUUUGACCCCUAAAAUGGUACACUGACCAAAAAUAUUUUGGCGACGGGGGGGGGAGGGAGGGGAGGUUGUUCUCCGGGAAAAAAUUUUCCGGGAAAAAAUUUUUUAGAUAGGGGCCCCUAAAAAAAAAUUUGCCGCGGGCCGCCGCCAACCUCUCGGCGGCCCUGGCAGCCAUAGAGCUGAAUUGCAUGAUUUACAUACAAAGCAUUUUUACAACUAUUUACAAAUCACUCUUUUGUCACCUUUUUUUUGUAAACACCCAAACGUGAUUACCUCUGGGAGUUUGGAUAUCUCGAGUUCUCGUCCAGAUUAUAUGGAGCUCACUGGACGUACUUGUCACAUUACCUGAGGUCGCUGUUGGUUGCUCAACGUGUUAUAGAUUCAUGUCUCGUUGUCUUUGUUUAUGAAUACUGAUCCCAAUCCUUACCCUGACCCAGACAAAACAUGAAACUGUAUCCCGUCUUUGUUCUUCUGCCUUCGUUCAGUACGAAGUUCAAGACGAAUUUUGCCAAAAUAUUCGUUCUGAACGAAGACAGAAGAACAAAACGGAAUAUGGAUUCCUGUUUUCGGAGAACAGUUCAAACAAAACUGCAUGGUAUGGGCAGGGGCCGGUGCAGAAAAUCUUUGUUAGCUAUUUCAUGUUACCUUGGGCGACUGACCUUCCAAUAUUUUUGAAGAUUACAUAUAUCAUAAACUGAAACGUUCUUUGCAACUGUAUAGGGUUGAAAUGUUGCGGUAAUGAUCAGUUUAGUCAUCUGUACUUAUGCAUGAUCCUACUAUUAGACCAUUUAUGUGACCAUUUAUGUGGCUCCAACAUGAAAUAUAAUAGCUUCGGUAUAUCAAAAUCUUUUAUUUCAAGUUAUAUCCUUUCUUUAAAAAAAUAAUUGAAGAAUAGAUAGAACUAAAAAUAAAUUUCCAUCAUUAUGAGACCUUUGCUAGACCAAUAGAUUGAACAGUUUAGAAUGGACCAUUUGCAUUAUAUAUAGACUAAAUUUUGAUCUAGACAAAAAUUUCAUCAAAGCUUGAAAGAGCAUCACAAAAUUAGUAAUAUUCCAAAGUUUCGUUGCGAAAUGUUGUAAAAUGCGGAUAAUAUAGCCUUGCGAAAUUUGCAAUUUUCAGUCAUUUUGUAUUACAAACGGGUGUUGGGACACCCGAUUGGGCUGUCAAUUUCCCGUGCGUAAUACAAAAUGACUGAAAAACGGCAAACUUCGCAAGGCUAUAUUAUCCGCAUUUUACAACAUUUCGCAACGAAACUUUGGAAUAUUACUAAUUUUGUGAUGCUCUUUCAAGCUGUGAUGAAAUUUUUGUCUAGAUCAAAAUUUAGUCUAUAAUGCAAAUGGUCCAUUGAUGAUGGCAGUCACUCAUUGGUAUACGGGGGGCAUUUCAAGCUAUUGAUUAAUCAAAUAAGCUCAAAACUAAUGAACAUAUACCUUUUCACUUGGAAAAUGGUUGGCGCACUUGCCUUUCACCUCUGAGGCCGCAGGUUCAAGCCUCAGGGAGAACUUUCUCAAUGCGACUCGAACCUAGUCCUCAUGUGAAAAGAGUAACGCCCGUUUUCUAAAAACUCACUCACACUCACACUCAAUGAGUGGAGGUUCAAUCUGAGCUUCUCUCGAGUGUCAAUGUUGUUUUUGAAUAGCUGGAGGGUGAGCAGUCACAUAGUAAGGUACGACACUAGCCCUCCAGCUAUUCAAAAACAGCAAUGAUACUCGAGACAAUCUCAGAUUGAACCUCCAUUCAUUGAGUGUGAGUGAGCUUUUAGAAUACGGCCGUAAGAAUCAACGCUCUGCCGAAAGUCGUGGGUUUUGCCCGGGUACUCGGGUUUCCUCCCACAGGGAAAGUUGACAGGGUGGGUUAGGUAAAAGGGGCCCACAGCAACCGGCAUAUGCUGUUGUGGUGACCCUGCCCCAGUUGGCAAAGCUAAAUAAAUAAAUAAAAUAAGUAAAUAAAUAAUUUUUUUACAUCAUUCAUUUCCAUCAUUAAGAGACCUUUGCUAGACCAAUAGAUUGAACAGUUCAGAAUUGAAAGAGCUAUCUCGUAAGAUUACUUCAACAGGGAAAUGACAGUCAAUUGUAUCAGUAAUCUCCUCUACUGUUUUAUGUCCAAACAGGUUUGCAAAAAAAGAAAAAUCCAUUUUACAAGAGGUUUACGCCACCGAUCUUCAACUGCCAACAAUCUCCGGUCAUCUUAUGGAAGUGAGGACCAACAAACGUAGAUGGUGUGUCUUGAAAGAUCAACAUUUGUACAUAUUUAAAACUCAGGAGGAACCAGCUCUGUUUCAGAUCGCUUUGCCAGGUUGUGAUAUAUCUACUGUACCCAAGAAUGAUAAGACCAAGGUGCGUGUUUUAGAAAAACGGAUAUGUAAAAGUACUGUUCAUAUGAUAUGAGCUUGCGCAACUAACCGUGAAACGCAUACAUGCAUCGGAUCGGAUUGGAGGUUUACAAUCCAACAAUAGAUUAUUCCAGCGCUAGCUAUAGACGAAAUUUUUAUCUAGACAAGAAGAAUUAAAUAUGGUAAUGACCAUAGCUGGAAAGAGCAUUUUAAAAGGAGUAAAGUGUCAAAGUUUGGUUGUGAAUUGUUUUAUAUAAUGAGGGAAAUAUAGCCCUGUGAAGUUUGAAAAUUUUGUAUAUAUUAAUUUGCAUCAUACGCGCGGUGAAAAUAACCAUUUUUGAGCCGAAAGUGGUUAUUUUUACCGCGCGUAAUACAAAUAUAUACAAAAUUUGCGAACUUCACAGGGCUAUAUUUUCUUCAUUUUACAACAUUUAGCAAACCAAUCUUUGCAGUUUUACUCAUUCUAAGACGCUCUUUCUAGCUGUGGUGUUGGUUUUCGUUCUCCUUGCCUUGAUCAAAAUUUAGUCUACAGCUGGAAUCACCCAUUGGUAGUAACUUUUUGAAAUCCGAAUCCGAUACGAAAUUGUAUGUCAGUCAGUCAGUCAAAUCUUUAUUUAAGCACGGUAGCUUCAUCAGGUCAUUUACAAAAAAUAGUUAUGUACAUUCAUAAGUUAAAAACAUUUUUCAAGCCUAUGUUACAUUAAUAUUUAUACCUGUUUUCCAUGAAUGCCGUGUCUAUCGAAUAUGAUGUUUCAACAAUUGUCGAAAUUCAGUAAGAGAUUCCGCUUGUUUUAUAUUGCUAGAUAUUAAGCUGUUCCAUAACACUGCACCACUAUAGCUAAAGCUAUUUUUAAGAUAAUUGGUGAAGGAGAAGCAAGUUUGUUCACGGAGUCUCGAAGUAUAUAAGAAGUUACAUUAUUGCGAUUAGUAAAUUUAGAACAUAGAUAUUCGGGUGCAAGGUUAUUUAAAGAUUUGAAAACCAUCAACGCUUUUUGAAAUUGGCGUUGUUGGUUUAGAUCAUACCACCCUAGCUUUUCCAAUAAGCUAUUGCCCAUGCUAUAAUAUAUUAUACAACAUACAACAUGACUGCAUGUUACAGUCUCGAUAUAUGAUUCAUGAUCAUAUUUAUAUUCCACAGGUCAGUUACUCAUUCAAAAUCACUCAAGAUGGCGUCGCCGCAGUCAUACUUGGCAUUGAAGAGGAAAAAGAUUUAUCCGCCUGGAUGAAUGCUCUCAUCACAGCUUCAGUCGCCAAAAAUUACCUCAGCCCCCUGGCUAAAGCCAGUAAAUCACUGCCUCGCUCCGCGCAUACACCCUGGAACGAGGAGGGGGCUGCAGACGAAGGUUCUCAGUCAAGGAGGCACACUGUUGGACCGACCUCGAAAAUCACAAAAGAAUCGUUUAUUGAAAUCGAUAUUGGAACUUACGAAAAGCCGACCGAUAUCAUGGUAAGGUUGUUUUGACUUUACUUUAAAGUCGGGGCUGGUCGCACAGUGGUUAGUUACUUUCUACAUCUGCGAUUGUGGUUCUACCACUGCGAUUGUGAUUACAACAAUUUGCAGUUGUCAAACAUUUAUUUGCUAACAUAACGUCUCUGAAACGCAAUGUGAUAUGUGGAAACAUCACAAUUUAGCACGAAGCCACGUUCUCGCACUAAGUAUUUGCUAACCUGUAAACAGUUUCUGGGAGUUUUUUCAUUGUGUUUUUAUUGCCGUUAUGGCUAUAAAAAGCGACUAAUUUGCUGUUUUCUCGUUCGCAAAACUCCGGUAAUUCUUGCGCCGCCAUCUUGUUUUCUCUACUGGCAGGAUAUGAGCUGAUAUCCUGCUGGCAGAGAGCCGAUCAGAUUGCAGAAUGGCUUAUAUCCGGUAGCUGUCCAUAUGCAGACGUGGAUAUUUACAUGUAGAACGCGCACGGCUGCUCCAGGGGCAUCAGUUGCCUUAGACCAUUCAAGAAUCAUGGAAUUACCCCAAACUGGCUCGGAUCUAAGCACUGGUUUAGAUUUUAAUAAAGGCACCACGUCUACAUACAGUCUGUAGGAAUUCGGCAGUAUUUUGGAAAUGACUUAUCUGAUCGAAUGUACAAACUGGAUCUCUAUGGAGAACAGUUUUGAAUAAGAUCAAAGUAAUCUUACUUUUAAUACUUUUGAUUUUUUUUCUUAGGGUCUGGCAGCAUCGUUGGACACUAUCAACUACAAUCCACCCCUCCCUCCCCUCCCUGGGGAAAUAUCCAACAUGCUAGAGGAAAAUGGCGAUCACGCACAUACUCGGCCGUUGUCGAAAUGCUCCGGCAUUUAUGAAGAAGUCGGCGAUGAAUUUAUCCACAAGUACUCCAUGAAACACCAGGAUGACCUUCCUGCGGACGUCAUCACCGGCGAUAACCAUGACAACGCUAAUGACGUCAGCGAUGAGGUCACAAAUGGGGCUUCCGAUGUCAUUACGAAUGGUCGCCGAGGCUAUUCUGAAGUUGGUACGAGUGAUAGCGAGUAUUCAUCGGAUGACGAGGAAAAUAAGGAUGAGAAUGGGAACAAGAGAUUGUUUCACGACCGCUGGGCAGUACAUAGUGGAGUGCUGUAUCAGAAGAGACAGACUGGUUGGAAUCGACGAUAUUGCAAGAUUGUGGAUAACUGUCUGCGUGGAUUUAGGUAGGCAUCAUUUUGGCCGCAACCGAAUCACUUGUCAAAAUAUCUUCGAAUGACACAUCAUGCAGGAAUCUAACCCAGGGUCUCUGUUUCGACAUAUCUCUGACAAUUGAGCUAUUGGUUAUAUUUAUUUAAGACUUUCACACGGGAGCCAAUAUCCGCCAAUUUUAAUUGGGGAACAGUCUUCCCACGUCAGAGAAUCAGGACAGUCUAAACCAUGUGAAAAGCAACUUUUCAAAGUUGUAAUUGUAAAUCUACCAUUAUACACACAAUUACAGUGAGAAAAUGUAGCAUUUCUGAUUAGGGAGAGGUAGUUUUUCUUCCUUACACGAGCACUAUGAGGCAAAAUGCCGCCAAAAUUACUUAACCAAUUUACGGGUGACGUCCCUGUUGACAAAAACUUCCCUUGCUUAAGCUCGCUAAUACAAGACAUUCGCAUCCGAUCUGUAUCUAACAUGAUCGACUGGUCAUUCUUUAUAUAUUACAUAUAUAGCUUUUACAGAUAGGAUUGUGGCAUAAUGUACGCUGAUCCAGGAAUGAAUGAUACCGUUUAUGUUUUCGAUGACAAGAUGCACCCUUAAUUCUGCACCCCAUCGGACCCACCAUUUUUGCUCACCCCUUAUAUAUGUAUAUGUCAUUGUAUGGUUUCGAGUGCAAUUUGGAAAAAAAAACGUACACGAGUGAGUUUUCAUAGACGAUCAAAAUUGUACGAGUCCGAAGGACGAGUGCAAUUUGAACGCCCGUAUUCUAAAAGCUCACUCACACUCAAUGAGUCAGUGAGUGGAGGUUCAAUCUGAGAUUCUCUCGAGUGUCAUUGCUGUUUUUGAAUAGCUGGAGGGUUAGUGUCGUACCUUACUAUGUGACUAUACUCACUCUCCAGCUAUUCAGAAACAGCUAUGACACUCAAGAAAAGCUCAGAUUGAACCUCCACUCAUUGAGUAUGAGUGUGAGUGAGCUUUUAGAAUACGGGCGGAAGUUUUUGAAAACCUCACGAGUGUAUGUUUUCCAAAUUGGACGAGAAACAUGCUAUUGAUAAAAACAUACUAUUUGAUAAAAUUGCACUUCUGUUAGCCAAUACGAAUGGAGUAAUUUGUUCAUUUAUAUUAUUUAACUGUAUAAUCUUUGUUCUGUUUUACUAAGGAACCCCAAUGACCUUACUCCGGUGCUGGAACUAAAUCUGAGUGCGAGUAACGUCCGCGCCGCCGAGGCUGAAGGCAAGAGGCGUUUCAUCUUCCAACUAAACACAGCCGAAAGUGAAUCUCUGUAUUUCAAUACGGACACACAGGAAAGCAUGGAGCGCUGGAUCGAGGUCAUUUCAGUAGCAGCGACCUCAAGACUGGAACAUUCCGUCACGAUGUCGGAGGAUGAGUUGGAUGUCGGAGUCGGAGAUGGUGAACCAUCCACCGAGGAAACGUCCGAAGAUCGUCAUGGAUCACGCGACAGCAUUCCCUCCCCAGUUCCAGAGAGGAAGGAGUCGCUGAGAAAGACACGUGUCAAUGGGGAUACCUUGGAGUCGGAAGAACAGAAACGGUAAAGUUUGCCGACAUUAGUUGUAUAACAUAAAACUUUUACUUCAAUCCUAUUUCAGAACCAUCCUCAGAGAUAUGAAAAACUAGUUUCAUAUUAUUUAUUGUAGCUAUCGUAAUUCUAUAAAAAAAGUUAACUUUGGCUUUUACACAACUGCCCCUUCCCCCUUUAUAUCUAUAUCUUGAGGCAGUAGCUGCCAUCUGUCUAGAAUAUUUAGAGAGUCGACUGUCUGUCUAGAGUAUCUGUAUUUAUAUAGAGCAUUGCUGUGCAUGCAUGGUGAUUAGUAAAAUAUAUCUUUAGUAAUUUUAACAUAAUUGCUUGCCUCACAGGGAUGAAAAUGAAUCGUUGCGAAAUGGCCAGUAUGACAAACCGGAGAAAUUAAUUGCGGAUAAGAAAUCUGAGACACCAGUAGCAACUACUAAAAUAAAGGUAUAGUAUUUUCUAUAUAAUUUGAUUCGCCAAACAAAACAAAUUGUUGGUUUCAGGUUUCCGACCGAUCUAUUAAAAAUGUCUCGGACUAUAAACAUUUUAUUGAUGUGAUUGCAGAGUCUUCCCUCUUUUAUUAACAUUUUGUUAACAUUUUGUCUGUCUUAACAAUUUCUACUCAUGUUAAUGAUAGUUUUAAAUAGUUUUAAACUUGAAUGUGUUGGUCUACAUUUGUCUGUACGUUUUACCAUACACAGUACUUACACAGUAUUACUUAUUGGAAAAUACUAUUAUGAAAUAACAUGUUUUCCAACCUGCCUACCCUUAUAAAUCAUGAAACCUGAAACCAACUUUUUACUCAGACAACCGUGUGAAAGUUUAGGCAAAUUAGGCAAAGUGUCCGCCACUCUGUCCCGCCAACAUGUAGGAAGGUCACCAAGGUUACUAAAAUAAUCACAAGGUUACUAAAAUAAUACAGAUAUACAGAUAUUGCACAGCACACUCCCUAUCAGGGUUUUUCGGUGACUGGUUACAUUAGGACCGGAACUGGCGUGAAGCAGACCGAGGUAGACUGUGAGCUUACAGGUGGCGCUUUAAGCGGCCGCUAUUAGUCCAUACCUCGUUAAUGAUCUGCCCCCUGACCUAUGUGUUUCACCCACCCUGUCAACUUUUCCUGUGGGAGGAAACACGGAGUACCCGGAGAAAACCGACGACUUUCGGCAGAGCGUUGACUUUUGCUCUUUUCACAUGAGGACUGGGUUCGAGUCACAUUGAGAAAUUCUCACUGAUAUUUGGGCCUACGACCUUUGAGGUGAAAGGCAAGUGCGCUAACCACCUCGCCACCGAAGCCCCACAAUCACAAGGUUACUAAAAGAAUCACAACUAAAUUGUCCUUCACAUCUUUCAGGAAAAAGAUGAUCAGGAGAUCUGGAGAAAACGCGACCCCCAUCCAUCGUACGCAACGACCCCUCGUGCAAAACCUGGCACCAAGAUCACGAAAUCAGCAUCUGUCAAAGAAUCUCCUAAAACAGCCAGCACUAGCAGCCUUGAUUUGUCUGAGGGUUCUCUAAACUCGCCUCAGAAAAAUUUGCAACUUUCGAAGAAACGCAAGUACUCGGAAAGGUUGAAGAAAUAUUUAGAUCAGGACGGUCAGUUCAGUGGGUUUAUUUUGGAGCUGCGUGUUAAAAAGAAUAGCACGACUUUAACCAGGCGUUGGGCGGUGGUCCAGAAUGGUUUCCUUCGUAUUUACGAGAAUUAUGGCUGCGCUGCGCCUUUUCUGAGAAUUUCCUUGGUAGAAGCGUUUCUCAAAGAUUUCAGCAACGUUGCAAAAUCGAGAUUUUGUUUUAUGCUUGAGUACGGAGCAGGGCAAUCUAUUUUGUUUCAAACGAACACACAUCAAGAACUGAAGAGAUGGAUUAAUGUUAUUACACUGACCAUAGCUUGCCAUACGGAUCUCUUCGGGUCAGGAUGGGAUCUCACGCAACGGGAAAGGAUAGGAGACCUUGUGGAUGGCACGAGUUCACUCAGUAGACCCGUCAAACCAAAACAAUCCAGAUCUCAAGACGAAGUCGAUGGACCAGAUAUAACGUCAUCCAGUGACGUAUUCAAUUCGGAAAUGACCUCCCAAAGUGGCAAAUGUGAGUGUCACCAUGACGACGAAGACAUUACGUGUACACCCACCGUGGUCCGCGAAGCACUUUACCGGAAGUCGUAUAGUAUGAGCAGUUCUGGUAGCAUUAAUAGUGAUGACAUCGUUUCGAGAAACGCAAACGAGUCUUUCACGUAUCGAACUUCUCUAGUCCACAAAGUUAAACAACGCGGUUAUUUGCGUGUACUCCACAGGGAAUCUUGCGAUGAGGAUGCGCGCGAAUCUCGCGAGAGUAACGUGAAAGAAUUGCGCGAGGGUUCUGUUCUGCAAUUCUGUGAACUCAAAGGAAGCUUGUUUAGUAUCUAUGAAAAUGAAAAGUCAGAGAACCCGAAACAUGUGUUCAAUCUGCUUUACGACAACUACCAGGAGGUUCCGAAUGUGGCUUUCACGUUUACGUUGAUUUCCGACCGCGCGGGAACUGCCGAGUUUGGAUGCGAGACUGAGCAGAAUUUCGAAGCCUGGAAACAAGCCAUGAAUAACACGGCAUUGCAAGAUGGCAGUAAUUCUGAUCUGACGGCAAAAUCCUGCCGGAAAUGUGCUAGUAAUUCGCCUAAUGUUCGAAAGCGAAGCUCCUUACGUGCGAGCUUUGCCGAAGAAGAGGCGAAACAUCGCGAGGUUUUACGAAGUUUAACCGACGAUUACACGAAUUGCGAUCAGAGCCAGUAUAGUUGUUAUGUAUACGAAGUCCGAGACUCGUCAGGAAAUAAGACAAUCAUUCGCCGAUGGUGUGUAGUCGAUGGCGACCUAAUCCGAAUAUUUGAACGGGAGACUUCGAGAGAGGCUGUAGCCGAACUGCGGCCGAGCGCGUUCCGAUUGAAGGACAUCGAGAAUCCUCGUGGUUUUCCGUUUGCAUUCAAACUUCAACGCUUGCUACCCCAUGAAGGUGAGGACGAAUUUUUAGUAAUUCAAGCUUCGAAUGCUAAAGAUUUUCGGGAAUUAUUACUGCGUAUUAAAAGUGUCCAAUUAGAAGGCAAGACCUUGAUUUCCUCGAAAAGUGAGACAAAUAUAAACGCACCAAAAAAGGCGCCAUUAAUUCACUCGAAAAGCGACCUCUCCCUAAAGCGAAUCUUCGCAUUGACUCGGAGAAUUUCGAAAGACAAUCUCGUUGCCGACACCAAUCCGCCAGGUCACGACACCUGGCCGAAGGUUAUCCGACGGGAGCGUAAGUCGAGCCGACGCGCCCUUAGUGAUACCAGCACAGAUCGGCCAGCUACAAACUCGCUUAUUGAAAACUCGCGUGACAAAGCUGAAGCAAGGAACACCAUGGGAUGCUUUUUGUUCGAUUCUGAGGGAAAAUUCAGCGGAUAUCUCACAGAGGUGCGGAAUAACGCCCUUUGUCGAAGCGAGGUGAGGAAAUGGUGUGUGGUCCAAAACGAUAAAUUUUCAGUUUUUGAUGACAAAAACUCGAAAUCGCCCAGCACAGUUAUCGCGUUGAACCAAGACGCGCAAUUGGUCGAUUUAAGUCACGUGAAUCCAAACAGUUUUGAAAUACGUGUGGCCAGCGGUGUCCAAUAUCACGUCUACAAAGCAGCUGACGAUUUUCAAAAAUGGCUAACGGUUUUAGCACAGGCCAUUGGUGUGUGCCAAAAGGACGAACAGGGUACCAGUACUGGAAGUUCACAGGUCAAAACUUCCAAGAAUGGAAGCGUACCUGGUAAAAACCCGGAGGGUAAAAAUGCCGGUGGAAAACUUCGAGGUUCAAGUUCGCAGAGCGCAACUUCCGAGGCACCAAAGAUGAAGCGAAAGUAUGGUCGGAAAGGUAAUUAA